AUGGAACCUGAUGGAACAAGUUGUCUAAAAUUUCCAUCAUCAUCAUCAUCAUCCAUCACCAUAUUAUUGAUCAUCAUUAAUGGUAGCAAUGCAUCACGAACAUGUCCUCGUGGUUGUGAUUGUAUUGAAACAUUAUUAAUCACUAAUUGUAGUGAAAGUUCACAAUUAGAAUAUGUACCACAUACAUUGAAUCCAGCAUUGAAAAAAUUAUAUCUACCACAGAAUAAUAUUCGUCGUAUUGAUUCUGCAUUUGAUGUUUAUAAAAAUCUCAUCUAUCUGGAUCUAUCAUCGAAUUUAAUAUCAACAAUUGUUGAUGAUAAUUUCCGUUAUAAUAAUGAAUUGCAGAUUAUUUUGUUGAAAAAUAAUACGCUGGUCACAUUACGACCAAAAGCAUUCAAUGGUUUGAAUCAAUUGAAGAUAUUAGAUCUUAGCUAUAAUCGUAUUGAAAUGAUCAAUGAUACUAUAUUCAAAAAUCUUAAUACAUUACAAAUACUUGAUCUAUCGUACAAUUUAUUGAAAGUAUUGAAUGAAAACACAUUUGUUGGUCUACGAAAUCUUAUCAAUCUGAAUAUUAGUAAUAAUUUGAUCACAAAAUUCACCACAAAUCUUUUCUCCAACACACCGGUAUUGAUUCAUUUGAAUGCAAGUUUCAAUGAAUUUGAACAUUUAGAUGAUAAUUGGUUCAUUGCAUUAUAUGAUUUAACCGUAUUGGAUUUAAGCUCAUGCCAUAUUGCAUCAUUAAGUCCAAAUUGUUUUAAUGGUCUUAAUAAUUUGACAAUUCUUAAUCUAAAUAAUAAUUCAUUGAUGGCCAUACCAUCGGCAUCGUUUUUACCGAAAAAUGUUAUUCAAGUAUUGAAUAUUGGCCAGAAUCCAUUUCCAUUUAUACAUCCAAAAUCAUUUUAUCAUUUAAAACAUUUAAAACGACUUUAUAUAACCAAUACUUCGUCAUUAGCUAAAAUUCAUGUGGAUGCAUUUGAUGGUAUUGAAAAUGUGGAAAUACUUGAAUUAUCCAAUAAUCAAGCAUUGAAACAUAUCGAUGCUAAUGUGUUCGAUAAUCUUUAUUCACUUUCAUCGUUAAUACUAUCCAAUAAUAGUUUUGAAAAUCUACAAAUAGAUUUGAUAACGAAAUAUAAAAAAUUUGAUCUCUAUCUAGACGUACGUGGCAAUCCAUUCAAUUGUAAUUGUAGCCUUGAAUGGCUAAAUUUUCAUCUGAUUCGUAUGUUCAACAAAACCGUCAGCAGUAAUCCGGAUUAUUUUCUCAAUCAAAAUAUAACAUUUCCGAUAUUUAAUUUGGCCACAUUAUUGAAUGAAAAUGUCAGUGAAAUUAUAAUGAAACAAAAUGCAUUGGAUGUUCGCUGUUAUUCACCAUUCGCAUUGAAAGAUAAAUUCAUUAUAAAAUUACAUAAAGAUAAAUUUGGCUGUUUCCUAUUGGAAUCAAUCAUACCGAUCAUUAUUGGCGCCAUGUUUGGCAUGUUGAUCAUCAGUGGUGUAAUCAUAUUGUUGGUCAUACAAUGUCGUAAUCAAUUAUCCGGUUUUGUCAAGAAUCAAUUGUAUUAUAAUGAAAAUCAACGUAAUAGUAAUAAUCAUUUUGAUCUCUAUCCGAAGCCAGAAUUUGUAUUUAUUUCUACAUAUAAUGAUUUCUAUAAAUCACCUGCCAAUAUAAAUGCAGCAAUGGAAGAAUUUUCUGUUCAUUAUCCGCUCAAUCAACAACAAGCUACUGCUCAUCAUCAACAACAUCAACAACCUACAACCGAAUUAUAGAAUUGGAGAUUGUUUUUGUCAAAUUUAUCUGUGAUAUUUCUGUAGGGGAUUUUUUCUUUAUAAUACCAGUGGACAUUUUGUAUUCAUUUGGCAUCUAAUCAUUUUUUUCAAGUAUUCACAUAUUUAUCGAACAAACAAAAUUUUUUUUUUCUGUUGCCAUUCCAUUUUUCAGACAUU